UCUCUCUCUCUUUUCUUUGGCAGAAGAUCCCAAACCGGAUCUCAUCUCCCGCCUGGAAGGAGGAGGAGACCCCUUUGACCAGGGCUCCAUGGAAGGAGAAGGACCUGCAGGUAAUGAGCAGCAGAGAGGGAACUAUGAGGAGCCACCUGCCACGUCAAUGGAAAUUACGGAGCCUUUCAUGGAAACAGAAGAGGAGUUUGGAAAUCAAAAGGAACUGAAAAGAAAAAGGGGAAACCAAAGGAAGAACGAGGACAACAACUCCUCUGUCCCUCAUGAUGCCAUAGGCUUAGAUCAAGAAGAGUGUCCGGUCUGUGGGAGAAUAUGCAACUGUAAAUCACAAUUGAACACACACUUAAGCGUUCUCAUGGGAAAGACACCAUACGAAUGCAUGGAGUGUGGGAAGAGCUUCAGUCAGAGUGGACAUCUACACACACAUCAAAGAACCCACACAGGGGAGAAACCCUAUAAAUGCAUGGACUGCGGGAAGAGCUUCAGUCAGAGUGGACAUCUACGUUCACAUCAAAGAAGCCACACAGGAGAAAGGCCAUAUAAAUGCAUGGAAUGUGAGAAGAGUUUCAGUCACAGUGGAAAUCUACAUUCACAUCAAAGAACCCACACAGGAGAGAAACCCUAUAAAUGCAUGGAAUGUGGGAAGAGCUUCAGUCAGAGUGGAAAUCUACACACACAUCAAAGAA